AUGGCGUCGGACUACGAGCCGGAGGUGGAACCGGCGCUGUCUCCUCCUCGUUCGAGGCUGAGCCACAAGCACCGCCACGCUGGUCUGUGGAGAUCGGCGCUUGCUUCGACGUUGAAGUUGCUCGCGUCUCUGUGCUUCGUGCUCUUCGUUGCGGGUCAAGCAGCGUAUGUGUCGCCGCUCUACCGAGAAUACAUCCAGGCCAAGGUGGCGGCGUGGUGGGAGUCCCACGAGGAAAUGGUGGACCCGUCGUAUCUGCUGCUGGUCGGGGUGGGUCCUACGCUCACGUGUGUGCUGCUGGUUCAGUGGGUGCGUCGACUGCAAACGCAGCGCGGAGUUUGGUGCGUGGCCACGCUGCUACGACGCAGACCGUCGCCAAACUGGCUCAGCUACGGCGAACUGUUGUUCCUUGCGGUACUCGUAAGCGGCAACGCGCUGGUCUUCUGGUACGGGUAUACCAAGCGUCAUGGCCACAAGCCGCGAUUCACGGGAGACCCGCCACACCCGCAGCCCUCUCCGCCGUCAGGGUCUUCUCAAUACGUGAAGAUGGUCGGCAACGCGUUGGGCUUCAACUGCGAGUUCAACAUGGCACUGCUCUUCCUGCCGGCUACGCGCAACAGCGCGUGGAUGGAGGCUAUCAACAUGUCGUACGCGAACGGCAUCAAGUAUCAUCGAUGGCUCGGCGUCGCUGCUGUUUUGACCGGGAUCGUUCACUGUGCGUGUUACUACUACUGCUGGCUGGAGGACGGGAGGUGGCAGCAAAUGGCUCUGCCGUGUUGGGACUGUUCGCUGCGUGAGCGGAAGGGGAGGAAGAUCUGGGUCAAUGUGUUCGGCGAGGCCGCGCUGCUGUGUUUCCUGUUGAUCGGAGUGACGUCGAUCCCCUGGGUGCGACGGAAGAUGUUCAAUCUCUUCUACAAUAUUCAUCAGCUCCUGUUCGUAGCAGUGAUCUUCACGAUAUUACACUGGGCGAGGGCGCUGUGGUUCCUCCUCCCCGCACUCGUCGCCUAUCUCAUCAGUCGCGUGCUCUCGCACUGCAACAGCUCCACUGCUGCCCAAGUCGUGCAGUUCUCCGCGCUCUCUCCUACACUCUGUAAGCUCGUAAUCGCGCGUGUUCCAGGGCAACGAGGACAGUUCCACGUCGGCCAGUUCGUGUACGUGAACGUGCCGGCCAUCGCGCGGCUGGAAUGGCAUGCAUUUACCAUCGCGUCGUCUCCGCGAAAGUCGUUCUACGAUCAAUCGUCUUCUAACAGCAUGACGCUCGUGGUCAAGGCACUGGGCGACUGGACGGACAAGCUGAUGGAAUACCAACAAAAGUGUGAGCGCGACGGCAUCAAGCCUGAGGUGUAUGUGGAUGGGUACUACGGAGCCUCGUUGGGUCAAAUCUACUCCGCGUACACAAGUGUAGUUCUUGUGGGUGGUGGAGUCGGUGUCACACCGUUGCUUGGCGUACUGGAGGAUAUCUGCGCUGCUGCAGAGACUCGUCAGAUUCAAGGUCGAAGGAUAUUCCCGCGACGUGUUGCCGCCAUCUUCGUCGUGCGAGAACUAGAACUCCUGAAAGAGAUGCACCCUCUCCUAGCGCGCAUCCGUGACCUGGAUCCUCAAGGUCGCUACAUUUCCGUGAAGUUGGCGCUGACAACGACACCUCGACCCGAAGAAUUGGAUGCGUCACUUUACUCUAAAGAUAUGUGGCCGGAACAUUCGCCCUCACUGUACAAACCACACCAAGAUCGAGAGUUUAAUCUCUCUACUAAGCAAGGCUGCCCGUUUGGAGCGUCUCUAGGCUCCGGUGGCAUUGCAAUGCUUCAAUUCGUCAUUUUUGGGGUCGUCGUUGGACUUUUGAUGACAUUCCAGUUUGGCAACGGUGUUUUAAUCGACGGACUGCAGGAUAGCGUGUGGGUGAUACAGCUUCUCGUCAAGGCGUUCGCGCUAUUUGCUGCUGGUAUCUGCGUUUACGGUGGGAUAGCGGUGUUGCGGUGGACUCGCUGGGCUGAAGCGGAAUCCAAAUCACUAACGCCACCGUACACUUUGGAGAAUGCGGGACUCGAAGAGAACCUUCUACCGCAAACUCGACAAGAAAGGAUCUACGCCGGAGUGUGCACAUACCGAGACCUGCUGAGCGAUCUCCAGGUCGAGGUUGGGGGGAGACCAGAUCUGGCGGUGCAUCUUCGGGGGCUACAUACAGAACAUCGCCAGCGAUGCGCAGGCGGCGGGUGUAGAUCUCCCAUUGGUGUGUUAGUGUCAGGCCCAGAGAGCUUGAAGACUGCUGCUGCUAGAGCUGCUGUUUUAGUUGGUGCGGGGGACUUUGACAUCCGCGAAGAAGAAUUUGAGUUAUGAACGAAGCGAAAAGCUGCAAUUUUCGAUG